CCGUCUAUCCAUCCAUCCAUCCAUCCAGCAAUUCGCCCAUUCAUCAAUUCGUCCACUGCUGGAACCAACCACCCAGUCGGCGUGUUCCCACAGUGUGAACAUGUGCAACGAUGCCCGGUUGGGGGGGGGACGGAUGGCCAGCAAAUAGCUCAUUACGGAAACUGUCCUAACACCCCUUCACCGGUGCAUUUUGGAAGAGGGCAAUUAGUCCCAUUGAUGGUGUUAACCACGUUCACAUGGUACCGUGGCCAAUUGAAACCGCGCCCAAAUUGCACAUGUUACAAGCUUUCAGCUCUGCAGCACUUGGACAAGUGGCCCAGUCUAGGCGUGUACAUCGGUUUCCUGGCGCAUGGUGAUAUCGACGCGACAAACGCACAAAAGUAG